AUGGCCGUGGUGGAGGGGAACGAGGCGCCUACACCCCUCCAGCAGAGGGCGAUGGAUCAGCGCUCUGAAGACUCCUCCCGCGGGGGCGCGGCCGGCGACAAGACGCUCUACGGCCGCGAAAAGGGGGGCGACGGCAGAUCCCUCUCUUCGGAACAAGGGGCUUCUAUUCGCCCCGCCGACACCUCGGCGCAGUGGACCAACCACGCUGUCGAAGAAAGUCUCAAGGCAGAGCCAGCAACGUGCUCAAACUGUGGAAAGCCAAGAGAGCUUUCAUGGUUCUUCUACGGUGGAGGGCAGCGCAGGGUGGUGGUACUGGACCACAUGGUUGUCGGCGGAAGUGGCACAGUGAGAUGCAACAAGCACGCCAACAAACCCCGUGGCGUGUUCAAGCCUACCGACGAGAAGGUGAAAACGAUCACCAAGGAUGGCCUCCUCAAGGCAGUCGGGAGGGAGGCGACGAGGGUGGCCAAAAAGGCGUCGGGGGGCAAUUAGUUCAGGAGGGUGGCAGGUGUUGCCCUGUCGACAGUUGAGACAGAUGGGUCGCGCGUUUUGAUCGCCGGUAGCCUGGUCGAGAGUUGGUCACGACGAUGUGUCCACACUUUGGUGGCGUGUUAUAGACGGGGGCUAGCCACAGCCUUCCUGGGUAGACGGGAGACCAUUCAGUUUUGUCUGUUCCCUCGGGCGAUUGAAACGACGCGGUUUGUCACCGGGCAACAUCACCUCUUUUGACGUACUGGUAUAUUGGAUGUUGGCGGUGUGAAGUGUGAAUUUAGCAAGGAAAAUGGUCGGCAGUGCGUGUUGCCGUAGAACUAUCCGCCCCGUCAUUUCUGCUCCGGAGGUGUGGCAGAGAGAGAUAUUGUUUUCGUUUUCCAUCAUCCUUUUCUCCGUUGUAUAUAUAAUUUUAGUCAGCAGAUCCGGCGUUUAUAUAUCCUCACAUGGAGGUGGUUUUGAAAGUGGCUUUACCAUCACCACCUGUUUGAAGGUGAUCCGGCGUUCAUAUAUCCUCACUCGGAUGUGGCGGUCACACGCGAUCACCAAUUGCAGUGAGAGAAUUAUUAUUAUCGCCUUGGGCGGUGUGUUUUAUCGGGUGCCCUGUGUUCCGCAUUAUGUUUUGUUCAGAAGAGCACGUUUUGACAGUUCGAUGCGAAAGAUGCUGUGUCACAGACUCUCACAGAAGAAGCAUUUGUUGCUACGAAACAAUAAAACCGCGAUCAAGGUAGAGAACAGGUGUUUCUCCCGGGGCGGUAGUCGUAGUCAUUCGGACGUGUGUGAACAUUUUGUUUCAUACACAAGAUAUCGGUGGUGGUGGUGUGAA